UUGGUUGCAAGCCAGAACUGAGUGUAGGAGAUGAUGAUGAAGAUCAUGUUGCAGACGUAUCGAACAGAAAAAUGGCAAAGCUUUACAUGGUCUCAGAUGCCAGUGGUUCAAUGAAAGUGUCAUUGGUAUCAGCUGAAAACCCAUUCUCAUGUGACUUGCUCUUGACUGAAGAGUGUUUUAUACUGGACAAUGGAGCAGACAGAAAGAUAUUUGUUUGGAAGGGUAAAAAGGCGAACCCAAAUGAGAGAAAGACAGCUAUGAAGACUGCUGAGGACUUUAUAAAACAAAUGAAAUACCCACCCAAUAGCCAGAUUCAAGUUCUUCCUGAAGGAGGAGAAACCCCAAUCUUCAAGCAGUUCUUUAAGAAUUGGAAAGACAAAGGUCAAAGCGAAGGAUUUGGAAAAGUAUAUGUCACUGAGAGAAUUGCAAAAAUCAAGCAAGUUGAAUUUGAUGCUUCAAAACUGCAUACCUCUCCUCAGAUGGCUGCAAAACAUAACAUGGUGGAUGAUGCUUCAGGAAAGACAGAGAUUUGGCGAGUUGAGAGCAAUGGUCGGAUUCCUGUUGACCCCAGUACUUACGGACAAUUCUUUGGUGGAGACUGUUACAUCAUUCUUUACACAUAUAGAUUGGGACAGAUCAUUUAUACUUGGCAAGGAGCCCAUGCAACUAAAGAUGAACUGACCAUGUCAGCAUUCCUCACAGUCAAUCUUGAUCAAUCACUCGGUGGGCGAGCUGUUCAAGUUCGGGUGACACAAGGGAAGGAACCUUCUCAUCUGCUAAGCUUAUUUAAAGACAAGCCACUUAUUAUUUAUAAGGAUGGAACAUCACGGAAAGGAGGACAAUCCCCUGUCCCUUCAAAGCGCCUCUUUCAAAUCAGAAGGAAUCUGGCUACUAUUACCAGAAUUGUGGAGGUUGAUGUGGAUGCUCAGUCUCUGAACUCUAAUGAUGUUUUUGUGCUAAAACUACCAAACAAUGCAUAUCUUUGGAUUGGAAAAGGAGCCAGUGGUGAGGAAGAGAAAGGAGCUAAAUAUCUUACAUCUAUCCUACAAUGCAAGGCAACCAGGAUUGGUGAAGGGGAAGAACCUGAUGUGUUUUGGAAUGCACUUGGUGGCAAGAAAGAGUAUCAAACCUCAGCGUUGUUGCAAAGCAGUGCAGAUGACUUUCAGCCGCGUUUAUUUGCUUGUUCAAAUAAGACUGGAUGCUUCAUUAUUGAGGAAGUUCCCGGGGAGUUUACACAAGAUGACUUAGCUGAAGAUGAUGUCAUGUUAUUGGAUGUUUGGGAUCAGGUGUUUGUCUGGAUUGGGAAUGAUGCCAAUGAAGUGGAGAAAACUGAAUCAGUGAAAUCAGCAAAACAUUACAUUGAUUCAGAUCCAUCUGGAAGGGACAAAGGGACUCCAAUCAUCAUAAUGAAACAGGGGUAUGAGCCCCCAACAUUUACAGGUUGGUUCCUCGCCUGGGACCCAAACAAAUGGGCAGGAGACAACAUGAAGAAAGUUAUGGCUUCACUCAAAGUGUCAUAAAGUUCAACCAGCUGCUUGUUUGUUACUUUAAAAAAAACUGCAAAUGUUCUUCAAAAGUAUGUAGCCAUAGUAAUAAUAAUACAAAAUGUCUGCUCAGUUCCAAUUUUGAAAAUAUUUCUGUUGUUUUUCUAAUGCUUUUGGUGUGAUUUUGUUAAUUUGUAAUCUAUUAAAAUUUGUCACAUUAUAUUUCCAUUCAGUGAUUGCAUUUAAAUAAUAAAGCAGCUGUUGAGAAAGAAAAA